CUGUAGUGCGGUACCUGUUGAAGUGUCACUGAUGCAUUCGACUGUAGCCCACAUCAGUGCGUCCAGCAACACGCAGAAUCUCAGCAACCUGAGCACCCGGAGGUACACUGAGCCCGAGGUGUUCACUUUCGACGCAAUCCCAGAGCCCAAGUAUGGGCGCAGAUCUAAGAGGCGCUCAUUGAAAGUCCUUUAUCCAAUUUACCAGCCUCGGAAGACCCUCCCUGCUGAGAAGGAUGUUGCGAAGAGAAUUCUGUUGUGUCUGCUCUCCAUUGUCGCUCUGCAGGUCUACCUCGUGACAGACCACCCAGAUGAGCUAUCAGUCAUUCCUAAGGGAGUGGAGGUGGGAACUGGAGGUGAAUUCUCCCUCCUGUCUUGGCCACUUUGGAUGUCUUGUUCCACUUCUUUCCUUGACUCCCUGCAAGGAGUCCAAGUGAAUAUUACCUGUCCAACUGGACAUGUGUCCCACAGUUACUUGAAGGGGCAACCCUCCAAGUGAUCAACUUUAAGAAGAGCUAUAUAACACCAAUUAUCUUGGAAAUCAACCCUCCCCACCACCACUUGAAGCAGAAUUUCAACUGGGGAAACAUCUUGACCACUGUCAUAGGACUGAAGUGAGACUUUUAAGGACUGGGGAUUUGGGUUGGGCACCAUUAACUGCUCACCUUUGGAUUUGGCUGGCUUGGACUUCCCCCAGUGACACACCCAUCUCUGGGAGUGGGUUUGUUCAAGCCCAGAGCCUACUGUUACCUGUAAGUACAAAACUUGCAGGUGGGGGUGAGAAUGGUGUUUAAUUUAAAAAAGCUUCAAUGAAGAUGUUCGGAUUGUAAUUCUAAAAUCAGGUGGCAUUUUGCUGCCAUCUAGAGUAUUAAUUUGCCAACAUUUUAAGGAUUUUGUUGGAAAUUCCUGUAUUUGAAUUCUCAUAGCAAAAACAUGUAGCAUAUUUAAAUUUUGUCAAUGCUUAUUCUCCUGUUUUUCUAUGAUAUCUUGUCCAAGUUUUCUUAGAAGGCCAAAAGCUUCUUCAAAGGGAUCUUGAGGUCUGUCCAUCACUCCCUGAAAGUGGCUGCACAGGUUGAUAGGGUGGUCAAGGUGUGUGGCAUGCUUGCUUUUAUUAGUUGAGGAAUCGAGAAGUUGUGUUGCAGCUUUGUAAAACUCUGGUUAGACUGCAUCUGGAGUAUUGCAUUCAAUUCUGGUCACCCCAUUAUAGGAUGUGGAGGCUUUGGAGAGGGUGCAGAAGAGGUUUCCCAGCAUGCUGCCUGAAUUUGAGGGAACAUGCUAUGCCGAGAGGUUCUAUGAACUUGGGUUGUUUUCUCUAGUGGCAGAGGCUGAGGGAGACGUGAGAAGUUUAUAAAAAUGGUGUAGAUGGAGUAGACAGCAAUGUCUUCCUCCCAGGGUUGAAAUAUCUAAUACUAGAGGGCAUACAUUUCAGGUGAGGGGUAAGUUCAAAGAUGUGCAGGGCAAGCUUCUAGAGGCAAGUAUGUUGAAUGUACUGCCUGGUGUGGUAGUGGAGGCAAAUAUGGUGCUUAAGAGGCCUUGGGCACAUGAAUGUGCUGGGAAUUGAGGGAUAUGAAUGUUGUGUAGGCAGAAGGGAUUAGUUUGGUAGGUGACUAAUUAUUCUAGCCCAACAUGGGCUGAAGGGUCUGUUCCUAUGCUGUUCCAUAUAAUUGAGUGAGAUCACUCUUGAAUGUUUCCAUGAUACAGUAUUGUGUAAUAAUGUAAUGGAGGAUUGGGUAAUUAGCAAGUUUACAAGGCUCAUUUCGUGGGUGGCAGCUGGUUUGAACUUCUCUCCACUCAACAGGAAGUGGAUGAAGAGAAGACUUGGGACACUAACUUGCUGCUUCAUUACUCCAGUGACCCAAGUUCAAUCCUGACCUCCAGUGCUGUCAGGGUGGGGUUUGUUUCCCUAUAACUGUGGGCUUCCUCCCACAUCCCAAAAGCAUGCAAGUUGGUAGGUUAAUUAGCCAAUAACAAUCAUACUAGGGGCAAUUUGUAGUAUCUGGGGAGUUUAUUGAAAUAUGGGGAGAGGAGUUUACAAUGGAAACAUUAAAGGAAUGGGAUAUGAGCUGACAAGUGCUUGUCCUGAAGUGAUCUUUUAAGGGGAUGGGAAUGUUGUGUGCUGUUGAGCACCUUGAAGCAUGCAGAAGAGCAAGGCUGUAUCCCAACUUGAAGCCCCUCCUUGGAAACCAGAGUUCCUUGUAUCCAUAACAAUUAUCUGUGCUUCCCACAAUACUCCCUGUACCUGAGGAUUUGGAAUUUUCAACAAGGAUUCUGACUUCCCACAUGAAGCACUGGAAGUAUUAGAAGUUUUCAUAAUCCAAAAGUUUGGGUAUUCAUGGAAAUGAUUUUAAUUUAUUUGGAUGUUCUGUAUUGUCUAACUAUUUAUUCUUGGUUAGUUUAUUUAUAUUGUAGUUGACAUGAUAAAGGACUGAUUUAGGAGGAUAAACAAGCUAAGGGUGUUCACCAUUUGUGCAAAAAUGAGAAUGUCAUAAGUGACCUGUCAAUUAGAUGCAGGAUUCCUGAAGUUGGUUGAUUUUGGCUCAUUUCUUGUUAAACUAAAAUACCCUCAAGUCUUUCCCCAAUCAACUUUCAUCUGAAGUUUGUGUGGUGAAUACAGACUAAUGAGCCAUUUCAUAAGUUAGAAGACUUGUAUGUCAAUUCAUGUGAUGUUAUGUGAUGUGUAUGUUAUGCCUUAACUAUUUUGAAUGUUGGGACUUGUCCAUUGAAGAAUAUCUUAAAGCUUUGUUUGAAAUCUAGUUAUUGAGCAAUGCUGGAAAUUAAAUGCUGAAGGAAUAAAAGUGUAUUU